AUGACGCCAAACCGAGUUCGUAAAACGGUCAGAAUUGGCACGUGCCUGCGCCAACUCGGAGAUAUUGUACGAAAUAGAUUUCGAGAUGAUCAACAUCUUACAGCCUGUAGCGACGGGCUCGCUGAUCCAAGCAUUUCCAAAUUUCCACCAAGCUGAGGAACAGAAUUGAUUGCACGAAGCGACCCGGUCUAGACAGCAACCCUUGACCCGUUACUAAGAAGAAUAAGACCAACGUUACAUUAUUGAUUAUUGCUCUACAGAGCGCGUCGCUGCCCUAAAACCAUCUCUGAACGGUCAUCGUUCCGGCUACGACGAUCAAAAGAUGUCAAGCAAACCAGUGAAGGCCCCGAGCCUUCUCACGAUUCAUGAAGCAGGCGAUCGCGAUACUGAAUUGGCAUUGAAACAAUUGAUCGUUGUUUCUCUCCACCCACUGAAGAAGAUCUCGUCCAAUGGACGGAAGGCCCGUAACAAAGCCGACCGAGGACUGGGGAAAACAGCCGCAUGCCAUGGUACCCAGGAUUCCAUGAACGUGGGGGGAGUGCGCGACACCAAAGCUCAAAGUUAUUUUUGA